AUGCAGGGGUGCAGCAUGAUCAGCCAGUCCUUCAAUAUGGAUGAGAUGGACGAAGCCAUGGAUCUUGGGGAAUACGCCCACGCCGGCCUCCACGUCACGUUCCUCCACAGCGACCACAACCGACGGAGGCUAGGCCUCGCCGCCGCAGGGGCGGAGGCUAGCUCGCCGUGGCUCCGGUUCCUGUCCGUGCCGGACGGCCUCCCCGACGACCACCCCCGCUCGGCGGGAAAGCUCCUCGAGUUCAUGGAGUCCAUGCAGACGCACACGAGCGUCGCCUACCGCGCCCUGCUUGUGUCCCUGCGCGCGGGUGCACCAGGUCGCGACGACGGCUUCCCUCCCGUGACAUGCGUCGUCGCCGACGGGAUAGUACUGCCGUUCGCGAUCGACGUCGCGGAGGAGCUCGGCGUCCCGGCGAUCGCCUUCCGGACGGCCAGCGCGUGCAGCUUCCUCGCCUACCUGUCCGUGCCCGAGCUCGUGGAGCUCGGCGAGGCCCCCGCCCCCGCAGGCGCCGACCUCGACGCGCCGGUCCACGGCGUCCCGGGGAUGGAGGGCUUCCUGCGCCGGCGAGACCUCCCGAGCUUCUGCCGCGGCCACGCCGAGGACGGCGGCCUCGACCCCAUGCUGCAGAUGCUCCACGAGUUCACCGCGCACAGCAGCAAUGCUCGGGCGCUCAUAUUCAACACGGCCGCGUCGCUGGAGCGGUCCGCACUCGCGCACGUCGCGCCGCGCAUGCGCGACGUGUUCGCCAUCGGCCCUCUCCACGCCAUGUUCCAGGCGCCGGCGGCCGGCGGCGCCCUGUGGCGCGAGGACGACGGCUGCACGGCGUGGCUCGACGGGCACGCGGACCGGUCCAUCGUGUACGUGAGCCUCGGGAGCCUCGCCGUCAUCUCGCUCGAGCAGUUCACCGAGUACUCAUAA